AUGGCACUCGAGACUAACAUUCAAAAGUUGUUCAAUGUCCAGGGACUGGUUGCUGUCAUUACCGGGGGCGGGACUGGGCUUGGGCUAUAUGCGGCCAAGAUUCUAGACGCCAAUGGUGCAAAGGCUGUAUACAUAGUCGGGCGUCGAGAAGAAGUUUUGCGGAAAGCAGCAGACAGUGCCGAGAAUGGAACGAUAAUUCCACUGGUUGGAGACGUUACCAACAUCGAUUCCCUCCGUGGCAUCGUCGCGACCAUCGAGAAGGAACAAGGCUAUGUCAACGUGGUAUUUGCCAAUGCUGGUACGACGGGCGUUUGCCACGACCCGAGCGACGACGUUCGUAUGGGCAAGAUUCCCACGCUGGCGGAAUUCCAACAGAAGAUGCUGCGGCCGGAGCUCCUCGACGAAUUCACGCAGGUGUUGCACAUCAACACAACCGCUGUCCACUACACGGCCAUGGCUUUCCUGGAUCUACUCGACAAGGGCAAUCAGAAGAAGAAUGUUGCACAAGAGUCGCAAAUCAUCGUGACCACAUCGGCUGCCGCAUACGAGCGUAGCUUGCUCCCAUCGCUCGCGGCAUACUGUUCGGCCAAAGCGGCCACCUCCACUCUUGCUGGAGUCCUGGCCACCAAGUUCGCGGAGCGUCGUCUGCAUAUUCGCGUCAAUAGUAUUGCACCGGGCCACUUUCCCUCCGACUUGACCAGUGGAUACCUUUCCAUGUUUCCCGCAUACACCCAAGAUGGUCAAAAUGGACAAGAUGCGGCUUUUGCUGGCGCACGAUGCCUACCACGAGAAAUGUGCCCAGCUGAGAGGAGUGGGAGCCCCGAAGAGUUUGCUGGCGUGUUUCUUUUCUUGGCAAGUCGAGCUGCGGCUUACUGCAAUGGAGCAACGCUUUUGAUCGAUGGCGGCUUGCUCUGUAAAUGA